AUGGGAGUUACGCUGAUUGAGUCAAGAGUCGAACUGCUGAAGAUUCUCAAGCAGGGGCUGCUGGAGGUGCUGCUGUACGUGGUGGCGGCCCUCAGCAGGGACAGCCCCCGCCACCUCACGCGGCGGUGGGGGGAGCUGAAGGAGGCCCUGCUGGACGCCGGCAUCACCGCCGCCCGCAAUGUGGAGGCCUGCGACGCGGAGAUAAUGGCAGAGCUCGUCGGGGGCGGGGAGACGUGGCGCGUCAGGAACGGGAUGAGUAUGUUCGCCUCCACAUCAGGCGCCUUAUGCCCCCGGGGGGACCAGCGGUGCCCAGUGACGCCGAACUGCAGGACGCGUAUCAUGGAUACCUGCGCCGCCGAGGACAAUAACAGCAGAGCAGAGUCACUCUCGUCGCUUGUGACGAUAUAUGGAAUGAUGGUGAUGGCGAUGGUGAUGGUGAUGGCGAUGGUGAAGGUGAUGGUGAUGGCCGUGUCUGCACUUCAGAAUGGAUUUGACAACUCCUGGGUUCGUUCUUCUAUGAAUUAGAUUACGUUUAGCGGAAUAUCCGAGAGUGUUAAUUUGAAACUGAUUGCUGCAGUUAGGUUUACGGUGUGCGAUUAUCAGAGAAAAUUUUGCUCUUCGACGCAAGGGUCGCAGUCUUUUGGCCCGUACGCCUAUCCUAAAAAUUGUUGUGAAGUAGCAGGAAAAGUCUUGCGAAAACGUUAUGGAGAUGAAUAUUAAUCAAGAAUUACAUAAUUAUGUUGAUAUAAAUCUUUUGUAAUAUGUAUUAAGUAUGAAAUUGUUAUUCCUGAGCCUGUAAAACUGUUAGAAGUGUUAAUUAAUUGAUGCAGAGAUCAAGAAAUGGAUAGAAAGGAAUUGUCCAGAAAUGAACCCGUCAGCGGGCAUCGCCUGUGGGGAUCGUUCAAAAUUGUGAUGUUUCUUUGCGUUUGACCGUCGAUUUUUGGAAAGUCAAUCAUUUUCUCAAAACAGACAAGUUUUCCAAUGCCAAAUGCUGAAAGUGUGGUUAAUUAGACUCAAAACUGAGCUAAGUGCAUUGAAAAGCUAGGCUUAACUUAAGCAUUUCCAUAAAUGCCUUGGACUGAUCAAUUAAUUAAGUACGAGUAUACUACUUUGGUAAUUAUAAUGUUCAGUACGAAUUCAAUAUUCCCUUUGUUAGAAAAUGUAUGGACUUAUUUGCAAUACUUAUGAUUAUUUGAUCUUGAUUUACUGAUUUAUAUUUUUGUCUUGAUGUGUUGUAACAUUCAUUUAUUAGCGUUACGUUGUUAUCCCUGUAGUUAUAAGAGCGUAGUGAGCCUCUUGUUGCUCACGUCUUCAGCCAGGGCGUUUCUCGCCACCAAAAUUACAUGCGGGAUUAAUUAGACUUUCUGUUAUGUGUGGGAUUUACUAGACCGUAUUUGCGUUAUGUAUGGCAUU